AUGCUUCUGGUCUGCCUUGCGGUCCUCGGCCUAACUGCCAGGUCUCCCUGUGUUGCUGCACCGCCGAGGGACUACGUCUCUGCUCGUCAUUUUGCCAGAAACAAGCUGCUGCUGAUCUCCUUCGAUGGCUUCCGCUGGGACUAUGACCGAGACGUCGAAACCCCAAACCUGGAUAAAAUGGCUCAGGAUGGGGUGAAGGCAGCCUAUGUUACUCCGGCCUUCCUCACCAUUACCAGCCCUUCUCAUUUCACAAUGCUGACAGGACGUUACAUCGAGAAUCACGGAGUCAUCCACAACAUCUGGUUCAACACUACCACUCAGGAAAAGAAGCAGUACUACAUGACUCAGUUUGUUGAUUCCUACUGGGACAAUGGCAGCUUACCCAUCUGGAUAACAGCACAGAGACAGGGGCUGAAAGCAGGAUCUCUGCAUUUCCCUGGCACAGCAGCCACCUACAGAGGAGAGACUGUGGGUGUGAGGCAAGUGGAGCCUCGUUUCUAUGAUCAUUCUAACGAGACAGACUGGAGGCUCAACAUCGACAAGGUGAUUGGAGACUGGUUCCACCAACAGGACCUGGACUUUGUCUCCUUGUACUUCGGAGAACCAGAUUUGGCCGGGCACUCAUAUGGACCAGAUUCACCACAACGGCAAGAGAUGGUCCAGCAAGUGGAUCGUACUAUAGGCUACAUCCGAGACAAGAUCCGAGACCAUGGCCUUACUGACCAGCUCAACAUUAUCAUCACUGCUGACCACGGUAUGACUACAGUUCUAAGGGGUGGACUGGUUGAGCAGAUCGUCCUCUCAAAGAUCCCUGGCUUCAGCUUCAGAGAUAUUCAGUUCCAGCUGUUGGAUUAUGGUCCUGUUGGGAUGCUGCUUCCUAAAGAAGGGAUGCUGGAGAAGGUGUACCAGGCUCUGAAAGGAAGCCACCCUCACCUUCACGUGUAUAAAAAGGAGGAGAUGCCAGCUAGACUGCACUACAGUAAGCAUCCUCGACUCCUGCCCCUCAUCCUCAUCGCUGACCCUGGAUUCAUUGUCAAUGGGUUUUUACCUCUGAACGACAACAAAGGAGACCACGGAUUUGAUAAUGAAGUCAUGGACAUGAAAGCCUUCUUCAGAGCUGUGGGGCCUGACUUCCAAAAAAACCUGGUGGUAGAUCCCUUCGAUCUGGUUGAUGUGUACGCACUGAUGUGCCAUCUACUGGGAAUAAACCCAGAGAUCCACGACGGACACUUGGACAGAACUAAACACAUGCUGGUCCCCAAGAAAAACACAGGAGAAGACAACAAUCUUCCAGAGAAGAAUACUCAAACAGAGACGGUGAUUGGCUUGUCAGCAGCGACUGGGUUUCUUGUACUUGUGUUCAUCGUUACCACUUCUUACAACAUGUGGAAAAGGACUAGAGCAUAA